AUGUGCUUUUUUCCUGGAAUCCAAGAGAAAUUUUAUCAACUUGUGGACAUAGUACAAUCUCAUGAAUUACUACAUGAAAUGGAAAUGUUUACAAAGGGUAAUACAAUAUUCUUUGUUACAUAUUUUGCUAUAAAGCCAAAGUUGAAGACAGAAACUGAUGAAAGUAUGACUAAAGUCUGGCGUGAUAUACGUCGUCAAUUAAUUUUAUACGUGAUGGCCUCUGGUGUGUAUUAUCCUGGUUGGUACGAGAAGGAACAACAGUUUCCAUACUAUCAUAUCAAAAUGUAUCUAACAACUACUGCACUGUAUCUAGCAGCAAUGGGAGCUGUUAGUUUUGAUGGUGUUUUCCUGAAUUCACUGAAGAUUUUACUUAAACAUGCAACCUCACUUUUAAUACCGAAGCAACAACGUGUCGAAUAUCUUCGCUAUUGUAUUUAUGAAUAUGGACGGAUUUAUAAUUUUGUGAAGGAGGUGAAUAAAAUGGUUAAGCAUAUUUCCGUUAUACAAUUUUUAUUAAGUUUGGUUAUCUUGGAAAUCGUCAUAUUUCAAAUAAGCAACAGUGCACAAACUGAUGCAAAAAGUUUUUUACGUAAAAUCAUGUAUCUCUAUACCGCCGGCUAUCAGAUAUUUACUUACUGUGUUAAUGGACAACGGAUCAUAAGUGUGAGUGCAGAAGUUCCUUAUUGGUUUUAUAAUUGCGAUUGGCAUGAUAAAUCUAAGCAGUUUAAAUAUCUCAUUCAAUUAUCUGUGAUGCGUAUUCAACGUAACAUGCAGUUUGAUAUAUCUUCGUUCAAAACGAUGUCACUUCCUACACUAAUGGGAUUCGUGCAAACAUGUUCCUCUUACUUUUUGUUACUAUGGGAUAUGGCAGAGUAG